AGGAGCUGGUUCUUGAUAACUGCCGUUCGGAUGAUGGGAAGAUCGUUGGUCUCUCCUCAGACUUUGAGAACCUGGAGUUCCUCAGCAUGAUCAACAUCAACCUGCUGUCCGUCUCCAACCUGCCCAAACUCAACAAACUACGGAAGUUGGAGCUGAGUGAUAAUAGGAUUUCUGGUGGCCUUGAAGUUCUAGCAGAGAGAACUCCUAACUUGACACACUUGAAUCUAAGCGGCAACAAGAUCAAAGACAUCAAUACCCUGGAGCCCUUGAAAAAGUUGCCAAACCUCCAUAGCCUGGACCUCUUCAACUGUGAGGUGACGAUGCUCAUCAACUACCGGGAGAGCGUGUUCACCCUCCUGCCCCAGCUCACCUACCUAGACGGGUAUGAUGCUGAUGACCAGGAAGCCCCUGACUCAGACCCUGAAGCAGAUGGGGAUGCACUGGAGGAUGAGUAUGAGAAUGGGGAAGGUGAGGGUGAGGAAGAGGAGGAUGCUGAUGAGGAGGAUGAUUUGGAUGAAGAAGUCAUCGAUGAUGAAGAAGAUGAAGAUGAUGAUCUGGAAGGUGAAGAGGAGGAGGACGGAGUAGAUGAUGAGGAGGAAGAUGAGGAGGAAGAUGGUGAGGAUGAUGAAGAAGAUGAAGCUGAUGAUGACCUGCCACGAGGGGAAAAGAGAAAACGAAAUCUAGAGGAUGAAGGAGAGGAAGAUCCAGAAGACGAAGAGGACGAUGAGGAUGACUGAUCCCAGCAACCCAAUCAGUUUUACAGACUCUGACUGUGCUUGUCUUAACCUCCCCGUUGUGUCUAUGUGAGACUGUAAAUCCCCGUCUCCCGCUCCUCCCCCCUUUGUAUGGCUGCAGCGUCCACAAUAUAUUUUUUUAAGAUGUAGAAUCCUGUAGGCAUUCAGGGGAAUCUUCCAUCCAAGGCUCACUUCUCACAGGUAUCCAUGACCAAAGGCUUUCUCCGUUCUGUGGUUUGUGCAGCAGUUUGCAAAAA